GCGUCACAGGGGGCGUGGCGUUAAGCGGAAGUGCAAGUGGAUCAUCGGGUUGCGCUCACAGAAUUAAGAGCGUCAAUCUUCUACAAAACAUAGAAGAUAUUAAAAAUGGCCCUCAACAAGAAUCACUCAGAAUCUGGAGGCGUUAUUAUCAAUAAUAGUGAAAGUGUUCUAAUGUCAUAUGAGAAUGUUGAGCUGGUGUUCAGUGAUGCUGAAGGUUUGCCAGAACCUUUUAGAAAAAGCAAGAAGGGGAGCGUCUAUCUAACACCUUACAGGGUGAUCUUCUUGGCUAAAGGAAAAGAGCCUCUUCAAUCUUUCACGAUGCCAUUUUACCUCAUGAAGGGUUGUGAGGUUAAACAGCCGGUGCUCGGUGCAAAUUACAUCAAGGGCUCAGUCAGUGCUGAGACGGGAGGUGGUUGGGAAGGUUCUGCGAGCUUUAAGCUGAUUUUCGUAGCCGGAGGAGCAAUUGAGUUCGGACAGUACAUGCUACAGGUGGCAGCGCAGGCAUCGAGAGGUCAGCCCGUGAUCAGUAACUUCGGCUGUCCUUACAUGGCAAACGGGGCGUACGCUUACCCUCCCCCUCCUCCGUCAAAUGGCAUGUAUUCUGCGGGAGCUCCGCCCCCUGGAUACCCCUACCCCGGACCUCCACCAACAGGUGUAUUUUAUCCUCCCGGGUUUGAUGGACCAGCAGCCUACAUGCCACCACCACCAUAUUCGGCUCCAGUGAACCAGGCGCCUGUCGACCCAGACCUGCCCAGAACCCCUGCAGCUGAGGCGAAAGCUGCUGAAGCUGCAGCGAGUUCCAACGUCACGUUUGCUCCAGCAAGGGUUUACAUGCCGGAGGACAAACCACCACCGUACUCCCCAUCUGAAGAGAAAAAGAACCAGUAGACAGAGUCAGCAUGUCGUCUUCUCUCUCUUCAUGUCAUCCUCUCUUUCUCUGAUCAUCUACAGCCGCAGUUAACCCCCUCAUGUGUCUGGGGUCUCCAGUAGGGGGCAGUGUGUUCUACAUUAACAUUGCUCCUCUCAUACAGAAGCGCAACAGAGAUAUAGAUAUUAAACACCUUUAAUGAA